CUGGGACCUGUAGUUUAGGGCGGGGCGUUUGGAACGUUCAGCCAGGGAGCCCUUGGGCCUCACUGAACUACAAGAUCCAGAAUCCUACAGAGUGCCUUGUCUCCGCGCGGCAAGAAUGAUCCUGACGUCGGCCUUCUUUGUACAGCUCUAAGGUCGGCCUUAAAGUUGAACGCUUUCCCCGGACUUCCGGUUUUUGGAUCCCAGCCUCCUCCUAGUUUCUGGAGCCACUUUGAACUUGUGAACUCUAAGCUAAAGGCUGUAUUUUAAAAAUGAACGUAGUGCAUUGGUCGAUGAGGGAUUGCAAGGCUUUUAGCCAUCCAUGGGCAAAGAUGUUCCAGGCAUCAAAUGCAAGGACAGUUUUAGCGACACGCUGCUUGAAGCGGAGGCAUUUCGUGUCAAAAAGCAGGACUCCUGUCAAAUAUGCUUCAUUUUCAGAAGUUCAACAAUUGCAGGAAAAACAGUUCACCGGACUAACCUUCCCUCUCCAAGAUCUCACAAGAUAUCUCGCCCCUAACCUGGACACAUCAUGCUUUUGUAUUUUCAAUCCUAAUCGAGAUGACAUCAACAAAGCAGAGAGAUUUUUCAUUCCUUCCCGAGAAAAUGUCAUUGAUUAUUACUCUUCUGCCGUCCGGAUGGAUCACGUCCCACAAUUGUCCCUGCCAGAGGUUUGCUUUUUAGGAAGAAGUAACGUGGGAAAAUCCUCCUUGAUAAAAGCCUUGUUUUCAUUGGCCCCGGAUGUUGAAGUCAGAGUUUCCAAAAAUCCAGGUCACACAAAAAAGAUGAAUUUCUUCAAAGUGGGAAAAUUCUUCACCUUGGUUGAUAUGCCAGGCUUUGGUUACAGAGCACCCAAAGAUUUUGCAGAAAUGGUGGAACCUUAUUUAAAUCAUCGUCCAAAUUUGCAACGGACAUUCUUAUUAGUGGAUGCCCAAGUAGGGAUUCAAGAGAUUGACAAUAUUGCUAUCGAAAUGUUGGAAGAAUUUGGGAUUCCUUAUGUUCUUGUUUUAACAAAAAUUGAUAAAGCAUCGAAACGAGUGAUGGCAAUGAAUGUGCUAAAGAUUCAGGACUUUGUAAAGGAAAAAACACAAGUUUGCUUUCCUCAGCUCUUCCCAGUCAGCUCUUUGUAUUAUUCUGGAAUCCAUAUAUUGAGAUGCUUUAUAGCACAUGUUGCCGGAUAUCUUCCCUUGUCCUCAUAAUGAUAUUUUGUGACCAGAAUCAACAAGGCUUGUCUCUGAAUUAAAUCUUCCUCAUCAACUAAAUGAAAUUUACAUGAUUUAAUGCUCUAUGUAUGUUUUUUUAAGCUCUGUAAAUAAUUUGGUUAUAAUAGAUGCUAUUUAAGUUUCGGCUUAAACAGCUUCGGCUUCAGUAUUACAUUACAGAUUGGACGCAUUUUCUCAUCUCUUGUUUAAAAUGUAUACUUGAAAACAGUAUAUACUUCUUGCUCAGAUUUUUAGUAAAAAGCCCCUUAAAUAAGA